UUUGCAUCCUCCUUCAACCGACCAUACGUCUAUCUGGUUUUACAAUAAUUUCUACUCGGUCCCCGUCGACCCAAUCAAGAAUAAAUACACAAUGCUAUCCCGCAUCCUUCCCACCCGCAGAGCGGUAAUGCGCGCAACGGGAACCACCCGCGCCUUCGCCACGAGCACCAUCCGCUUCAACAACAGCUCUGACGGGCCCCAAGCUCCCGGUUUCCCAUUCAACCGCGGCCCAGCGCCCCCUCGCCUCCCCAAAGAAGAGCAAGAAAUUUUCGAGGAUCUCCAACGGCGCUCGACGGGCGCGUUCAGCACCCCGCGCGUCAACCAGUCCCCUGACUCGCAGGAGGCUGCCGAUGGCCAGCAGCAGCAUCCCGAUAAGGUGGUCGGGGUGAAGCCUGAGUUUGAGGGCGAGAAGAAUCCCAAGACGGGGGAAGUCGGCGGUCCUAAGAAUGAGCCGUUGCGGUGGGGGGCUGAGGGUGAUUGGAGUUAUGGAGGGCGGGUUACUGAUUUUUAGACGCCUCUCCAAGGUGCUUCUGAACUAAAAUUAUCACUAUGGGGAUUGGAUUCUUGGUGAUUGAGUGGUGCGCAUAGACAUGGAUACAAAACUAUGGAGUGGGGUUUGGGGUUGCGCUGGUCGCUUGUACGAUAUGGUGGAACAUCUGUCUGUUAAUUGGACUUUGAAUAUCCUGCAAAUACAAUGACAUGAUGAACGGUAGAUGUGCUUUGCAUGUUUC